AGCUCUUUGUUUUGAUCUCUGUUUCAAAAGAAAACACCUAUUAAGCAGCCAUCAUCUUUCUUAUCUUUUCCAAAACCAAAACUACUGACUUUUCUUGAAAAAAGAAGAGGUGGGGUGCUUUCUUUUCUUCAAAAACCUUCUCUUUGUUCUUGAAAAAACAGGACUCAUUCAUUUUUUUUUGUGUGUUUCUUUCAGAAGAAAUAACAAAGACCCUUUCUCUGUUUUCUUCAUAUUUCAGCUUUGAGCUACUUGGAUCUGUUUUUUUUUUUUGAAUAUACAAGUAGUUUGUGUGUUCUGGGGUCUACAGAAGAAGGAGAAGCUAAAAGGGGUGAUUUUGUUUUUUGUUUGUUGUUGUUCUAAUGGGGAUAUGUUUGAGUGCUAGAAUUAAAGCUGAAAGCCCAUUUCAUACAGGGCUAAAUUCAAGAUCUGUUAGCAUAGAUGGUGGUGAUAGUAAUUCAAGCUCCAGGGUUCCAUCAACUACUAGAAGUGAAGGAGAGAUAUUGCAGUCUCCCAAUUUGAAGAGCUUUAGUUUUUCUGAUCUCAGAACAGCCACUAGGAACUUUCGUCCCGAUAGUGUGCUGGGAGAAGGUGGAUUUGGAUCAGUUUUUAAAGGGUGGAUCGAUGAGAACACGUUCGCAGCUACCAAGCCUGGGACAGGUGUGAUCAUUGCUGUGAAAAGGCUUAAUCAAGAAGGUUUUCAAGGUCACAGGGAAUGGCUGGCAGAAGUUAACUAUUUGGGGCAGUUUUCUCAUCCUCAUCUUGUAAAGCUGAUUGGCUACUGCUUGGAGGACGAACAUCGUCUUUUGGUUUAUGAGUUCAUGCCUCGGGGCAGCUUGGAAAACCAUUUGUUUAGGAGAGGUUCUUAUUUCCAGCCUCUUUCUUGGAAACUACGCUUGAAGGUUGCUCUAGGAGCUGCAAAAGGGCUUGCUUUUCUCCACAGUGCUGAGACUAAAGUGAUAUAUCGAGACUUCAAAACCUCGAAUAUUUUGCUUGAUUCGAACUACACUGCCAAACUCUCAGACUUUGGAUUAGCCAAGGAUGGGCCAACAGGCGAUAAAAGCCAUGUCUCUACAAGGGUUAUGGGGACCUAUGGAUAUGCCGCUCCAGAAUACAUGGCUACUGGUCAUUUAACUAGCAAGAGUGAUGUGUAUAGUUUUGGAGUUGUCCUCCUUGAAAUGCUGUCAGGUCGUAGGGCAAUCGACAAGAAUAGACCAUCCGGAGAACACAAUCUAGUGGAGUGGGCGAAACCUUACCUAGGUAACAAACGUAAGGUCUUCCGUGUUCUGGAUACCCGUCUUGAAGGCCAGUAUUCAAUGGAGGUGGCGAGUAAAGUAGCUAACCUUGCCCUGCGGUGCCUAUCCAAAGAUCCUCGGUUUAGACCAAGCAUGAGUGACAUUGUUAAAGAACUGGAGCAACUUUAUCAACAAUCUAAAGAUUCAGGAAAUACUCGCAGCCACGCUAGCAACCGACCUAGACCACGUAGACGAAGUGCUGGUGAUGUUGCUAAUAGAAAUCCUUCAGUUGCUUAUCCGAGACCGUCUGCUUCUCCCCUUUACGCUAAAUAAUUAAACAAAUGAUUGAAAGAUGCCUUAAUUUCUUGUUUUUUUUGUCUUAUAUGUGUUUAUCAAGCUUGAUAAGUAGUUGAGGCUGAUGAAGAACCUCUGCACAUUUGCAGUAUCAGCUGGCUGAUUGUACAGUUGUUUUUGGCUAAUGUAUUGAAUCUAUACUUUCUGUAGGUCCUGAAUGUGUUUGUAACUUUGAGUUUUGCUCACAGCUCACUAUAUGUUCACUUUUUGACA